UAACAAUUAAAUUACAAAAAAAAAUGGAGAAUUGUAGUAAAAAUGGAUCCAUUGCCGAGGAAACGGAAGUGGAGGAAACCGAGGACUUUCACGAUCUGGACGAGGACAACGUGGCAACCGGGAGUGCUGGUCAGAAGAAGGUCGAACGCUUCGAGCUCAAAAAGUGGGUGGCCCAUGCAAAUUGGGCAUGGGAUGUGGCCGUGGAUAACUGUGCCAUCUGUCGGAAUCACAUCAUGAAUCUAUGCAUCGAGUGCCAAGCGGAUCCGAAUGCCAACAAGGACGAGUGCACCGUGGCAUGGGGCGAGUGCAAUCACGCCUUCCACUAUCACUGCAUCGCGCGCUGGCUGAAGACGCGCCACGUCUGCCCUCUGGACAACAAGGAGUGGGUCUACCAAAAAUACGGACACUAAACAAAUUGUUCCUCAAUUUGUUUAAAUGAUUGUUUGAGUGUAUUGAAGUUUUUUCUCUUUUUUGGAUACAAAUUAAAUUGCUAGUGACUUAUA